AUGCGAAGUCGAUUUCUCAACACCGAUUAUUUCUCUUCUUCGUCUUCUCUGGUGUAUGAAACCCUAGGAUUUCUCAAUCUUCCGGUUCCUGAUACUUUCCCGGCAUCCGUCGUGUGCGACGGUGAAAAUGACCGUCUUCGAUUUGAAUCUGUCGAAGAUUUCUGUCUCCCGAUCGCAAAUUUGCCUAUCGACGCUGCUCUAUCGAAGUUCCUUUCCGACGUGGUUCCCGGUCGCGUCAGUGUGGACUAUGGAGUUUUUGAAACCGAUAACUCUUCCCCCGGAGGUUAUUUCUCAGACGAGAAGAAUGACGGUAAUGUCAUCGAGGAGAAAGCUACCCUUAAUUUUAACUUUAUCCAGUUGGAGACUCCAGAGUUGGAUUUCGAAAUGGAAAAUAUGGUCUCAUCAAAGAGGGAGGAUCUCCAAUGUUUCUCUAAAGUUCUAGAGAUCGAAAAUGAGCAGGUUAAAUUUAACGAGUCAGAUAUUAUCUUACAGAACUCAAAUGACAUCCAACAAAAGAUUUAUUCUGUUGAUUACAUUUCUUCUGAUUACUUCACUGAGAACAAUGGAGGGAUGAAUGCAGAAAAUGAAUGCUCUGGCAAGAAUCAACCAUGGUUCAAAGAUGCCAAAUUCCCCCUUCUAGAAGUGGAUGAAGUAAACUUGAGCGGGCUAUCAAGCUUAUCUGUGCUUGAUAAAGUAUUUACUGUUCUGGAAACAAUUAAACCCCAAGAGAAGAAUGCAGAGAGUGCUCUCAUUAUCAAUUCUGAGGAGCUUAUAGGCUCUAAGGAUUAUGAUCUAUUGGAUAUCCUCUCUACAGAUUGCUAUUCGAGCAAGAGUGGCCAAUCUAAUAUGGUACCAGAGGGUGCAUUUUCUGAAAUGGAUAUAAUGACUGUCCUGGAAACAUCAAAUGCUGAGGGAAACUUUCAGUUUGAACAGGGAAAGCUGGCUGUUGAUUAUGACUUUACCACGAUCCCAGUAACUUUUGAGGAAUUUCAAAUUCUGGAUGUGGAGAUAUCUGAUAUUUUUUAUAUCUUCCUUUGUCUUCAAAAAGCCAUUGAACCAGCAAUAUGUAAUGGAAUGUUCAGCGAAGAGUUGAAUUUCAAGAAUUUCGAUGAAUUAGUUGUCAGUUCUGAACUUGCCUUCACAGAUGAUGCUUUCAAGUCUCUGCCAACUCCUCUUUUAUAUGAUGAUGAGAUGACCAGAUCUCUGGAUCUGAUUUAUGAGGAUGUUUUGUCAGAGAUCAAGCCUCAAUCCUUGUCUGCAUCAAAUGACAUAUACUUGCCCUGGAACCUUCUUGAGGAAAGAAAGCACAACCAUGAAGCCCCUUUUAGUGAUUAUCCGUUUGAAGAAAUAGUUAAAUGCAACGUUGAUUAUAAGUGGGAAACAUCAGAAGGAGACAAAUGGGUUUAUGAUUUCAUUUUCUCUGAAGAUGCUUUCUGCGAGCCACUUGUAGAGAGAUGCACUGAACCUUUCUACGGCAUAUCUACCCUUGACGAGCAUCCUUCUGUUGAUACUUCCCAUGGGUUAUUGGAAAACCCUUGUCCAAAAACAGGAGCCGGGGAUUGUGGAAGAGAUGAUAAUGCUAAGAAGGCUACACUGUUGUUCAAAUCAAUGUCUGCUUUUGAUGACUUGACCUUUUUCAUGGAUCCUCAGAAGGCUGUGAUUGAAGAGAAUCUGGAGUCUAGAGUCGAAGCUGCUAAGACUGCCAACCAUAAAAUUAUGUCUGUUUCCCCAAAGGCUUCAUGUAUACCUGGUGGCAUGCACCCAAACCUGAAGACUGAGGAUAUGAUACUUCACAGUGUUCAUCCUUCAGAAAAUAUUCUGUCCCUUGUUCAGGACUUUGAGAAGAGCUAUAUAGCUCUUGUGAAGGAUGAGUCAGAGUUGGUUUCAUCAUUAUCAGAAGAUAAACUUAAGUUACUCAGCAUCUCUAAAGGAAUGCUUAUUGACUGCAUAAGAAAGGCAAAUGUCCACAAAACACAGUUGGCGGAUGAUAAGGCUUUCACGUUUGCAUUGCUGCUAGCAAUUAAGCAGAUGACAUGGUAUAUGUGUUUCUUUGGCAUCCAUGUGGCAUAUCUCUAUCUUAGUAAGUUAUGUCGGAGCUCAAAUCCCAUGAAGAUAGGAUUGCACACCCUCUACUCAUCAGUUGAAACGGAACACAAGGCAGUUGACACAGACAUCACAAGAUCGCAUCCAUCCCUAGCUGUUAUCCACGGGAUUUUACAGUCAAAAUUUUCCCGGGGGAAUUCUAAAGCAUUACUUUUGGCUGAGAAAGUUUUUUGGUCUUCUCUGAAGAGGCUAUUGAUGUCGAUGGAGUUAUCUUACAGUGAGCUCAACUGUACCUCCCCAAGUGGAAAUCAACCAAAUGUUAGUGAAGCCACAGAACUUGGUUUCCUGCAAAUUUCAGACUGUCUUAUCAUUUCUUACGAGCACAUUUCUCCAUCUUUUCAUCUGGAGAAAUUCACGCUCAUUAUAGAAUAUGGAAGUCCAAAUGCCUCGCCCAGAUUUUGUUCUCCUUUGACGUUGGAUCGCUUUCCUUGCUUCCAUUUCAUAAAAGUGGAGCUGGAUAUGUCCAGUGCAUGUGGGCAACUCUCCACAGGUGUUACAGUACCUAACAGUCUUAAAAUGAUAAAGGGAGACGAACUUGAGACGAAAACUGGGUGGUUGGAAGACGUGUUGAACUUUGUUCCACUUGAAAGUGUGUGUUAUGAAGGAUCUUCAGAAACUACAAAGGAAUCUGAAUUUGUCUCCGUGCCUCAAGAAUCUGGGAGAAGAAGUGAGAUAAAUGAACGGAGAGUUCAAUCUGACCAAAGAGCUGCAAUUGUUGUGAACACAAAAAAUGUUUACAAGGAGAUGAUCAUAUCCAGAAGAAGUACAUACCAGAAGGUUUUGGCGAUGGAAAAAGAAGGAGUGCAAGUCGUGGAGCGCGAUUCAGAUCUACCAGUGGACCUGAUGCUAAGUCCUGCAAUUUGCCUACUCUGGUAUGAUUGUGAAAGUGUUAGUAAGAAAUUGGCUGAAACUAUUGGGGCUUCCUCAAGCUCACUUUCAUGGAUUGGGGAUAUUGCAACCAAUGUUUUGACGUCACUGAGUUUCUGUUUCAGCAGCUGCAUUAUGGUUUUUGAGGGGGAACCUGCCUGCUUGGCUACAAUAAUGGACUCUUCUGAUGAACUGUAUGCAGCAGCUGGUAGCCUGGGAAUCGGUUUACAGAUUUUUUGUUCAUCCUCAGCUGAUAUAACUGAUGAAAUUAUAUUGAGGUGUAUCAAAUCUUCUGUUAAGCUGUCUGAAGUCCAUGUCAAAAUGCCCGAGUCAGAAUCUCUUGCAGAAUCAUUUCUCACCAAAUUUCCUUCCGUGAAUCCACUUACAGCUCAAGUAAUUCUGUCAUCUGCUGGGUCACUUUACGAAUUCAUGAAGCUCCCACAGAGUACCAAGGUUCAAAGGCUGCAAAAGUAUCAUGUACCUGAAGAGAGUGUGGAUCUAUUUACCUCAUUAUGCAGAUAUGGUGCGAGGGAGGACUCUAAAUCUGUAAUGACAGACAGCUCUUCUUCGGUAUCUUCUGGACCUGACUCAGACACACACCAUUUCAGUGUUCAUUCUGGUUGGAAAAGGAAACAGUACGUUACUGGGAAAGAUGAAAUAGAUUUGGACGACUUGGUCCAUGUUGUUCCUUCCAAAGAAUUUGCUGAUGCGCAGCUCAAGCCUUCAGGGGAUUUCCAUGUUGAUGAUUCUUGGUCAUCUAGAGAUCAUGAGAUACUUCAUUUUGGCACUGUAACUGAAUUCUCUGAUCCACCUCGCAAACCUUCUGGAAUCAUUCAUUCUAAUGACUUUGGGCAAUCCAAAGAUCCUGAGAGAAUUGACAAGAAGUCAAGACCUGGUUCUUCAUCAAAGAACGCGUUUUGGGAAAAGGAUCGACCUGAUUUUUCAGUGGAGGACAGUCUUCCUGGAAUUCCUGAAUUAGAAGAUUGGAACUUCCCAGUUGAAGACGAAUUCAUGAACCAGAAGAGAAGAUGUAAAUCUCCAGUGAUGGGAAACUUGAACUUGCAUGAUGACACUAGGAAUUCAGAGAGUUUCACCGAAGACUACAAAGGUGAAGUUAUCAACAUAGCGGAUAGUAAGUUUCUCGAGGAAGACUUCCCCCCUUCUACUGGUUAUAAAAGGUUUUCUCCAAUUGUUUCUGAUGUUGAUGAAGACGACCAUCCUAGAAGAUCAAAAUGUGCAAGGAAGUUAUCUUUCUUUGAAUCUCUCCAGCCUAACUUCCCAAAAGCGGCUGAGAUAAACUCGAGUUCUGAAAGAUUGGCCACCGAGAAAGAUUCAAGAAAAGUUUCCAGAAGAAUCAAUGACAACAAUGCUUCUUUGCGUGGCUUUGUUGAUAGCUUCCCAGCAAAACGGCAAAGGACCCUAUUGGAGGAAGUCUUAACACGGAGAUCUGCAGUUUCAACAACGGAGCUUCCAUUUAGUGAGGAGAUAUCACAUUUUGGUGGAUCUCCUCUAUCAAACGCAAUCCAUUCUCCAAAUCCAGUACAAGGUUCUCCUUGGACUAUGGAGUUUCUUAACAGAGUUCGAGAAAGAAGCAGAGCAAGGCAACAGCAACAAUCUCUUCCUACUUAUGUUCCUCACUCUAGUUUGGAAACCUCAGGGAACCUAAAGAAAGCUAAUAUCAAGAGGAAAAGUCCUUCCAUACUAGAGUUUUUCAAGUAUAAAGGAGGCAACGCUCUUAGAAAAUUUCCAGAAGAGAAAAAGCAGAAGCGUUCAAAGAAUUCUUCAGCCUCGCCGAAAAACGAGAGAUUCUACUCGCCUCUUAAGUCAUGGACACCAAUUGAUAAGCGAGCAAAACAGCCAAACAAAACUGGUCUGGAAGUAAAGAAACAGACACGCCAUACAACUGGACAAUGA